AUGGCCAAUCAACUGAACGAAAUUUUUACAAAUCGAAAUGUUAGUGCAGCUGACGUCAAAUCGAAAAUUGGUAAUUUAAUAACAGAGUACCGUCGAAGAAAAAAAGAACAGGGAACGACAGGUGCUAGUCCGUGUAGUUGGCGGUAUUUCGAUUUACUGGAUAAACUUCUCGGGGAAAGAGCAUAUAACGAUAAUAGUCUGUUGUCUGAUUCAAUGAUCAUCGAGCAAGAAAAACUUCUGGAGGAUAUUAAUAAUGUUGAAAUACCUGAUAUGGCUUUGACACAAGUGGCCGAACAAGCUGAUGAUUCAUUUUCAUCACAAGGAAAUGUUGAAGAAAUAAAUAGUCCUGUUCCAUCAAAUUCAAAUUAUCUUUCAAGUCCUUCCAAUAAUAUCAUAAAUAUUAUCAAAGCGGUGACUAUUCUUCACAAUCUAUGUAUAAUGAGUGAUGAUGGAUUGGAAAUUGAGUGGAAUUUACCACUUCCAACACACAAGAAACCAGGUUGUAACAUGCAAACAACAAGUGGUGUUGAUGUUAGAGCAGCACUUACAGAAUAUUUUUUACAAAAUCCAUUGUAA